ACAAUUUUUAAUCUCACAAUUACCAAAAAAAAAGUCAAAUUUAGUCUUAAACCCCAAACACACCAUAUCCAAACUGCAAAGAACACUGAAAACACAAACAUGGCGAAAGUGGUGUACAUGUCUUUACCUUUCCUCUCAGAACCCCACAAAACCAUAGCUUCUUCUUCAUCACCAUCUUCUUCAAAACCAUUGAAGCUUCCUCAUAGAACACGCAGCACCAACAUAUCCAUUUCCUCAUCCACCAAUGGUUCUGCAAACCGUUCUGUUAAACCCCAGAAGUUUAAUUCAGAUAUUUCUCCUCACAGAGCUGUGUCAGCUGUGAGAUUGAUGAGAAUUGAACUUGGUGGUGCUUUUGCUGACCUUCUCAAUGAGAAAGGGAAAGGUUCUGGUGAAAAUGAGAUGGGUUAUGUUCAAAGAACACUUGGAUUUCGCACUCGAGAGUUAAAUAAUCAAGACCUUAGAUUGGUUACAGACAUUGUUGGGGGUGCAAUUCGUUGGAGGAGAUACCUUGAUCAUUUAAUCAGUUCACUAUGUCAUAUAAAAGAUAUAUCUAGUAUGGAACCUCUUCUCUUACAGAUUCUACGAAUUGGCGUCUAUGAGAUUGUGAAAUUAGAUAUGCCACCUUAUGCUGUUGUAGAUGAGAAUGUGCAGCUUGCCAAAGCUGCUCUCAGGCCGGGUGCUGGCAACAUGGUCAAUGGAAUCCUCCGAAAAUUAGUUGUGCUUAAGGAAAAAGAAAUGCUUCCGUUGCCCAAAGUGGAGGGCAAUGAUCGUUCUCAAGCACGUGCUCUGGCAACUCUCUACUCACAUCCAGUUUGGAUAGUGAGGAGAUGGACAAAGUAUCUUGGACAGGAAGAAACCAUUAAAUUGAUGAUAUGGAACAACAGUGAACCAAGUUUUAGCUUAAGAGCAAACCGAGCAAUAGGUUUUUCAAGAGACGACCUUGUGACACAGCUUAACGAAUUGAAGGUCCCACACAAGCUUUCAUUGCAUUUGGAUGACUUUGUUCGCAUCAAAACUGGGUUGCAGACUAUCAUUCAUGCCGGCCUACUCAAAAAGGGUUUAUGUUCUGUUCAGGAUGAGAGUGCAGGUCUGAUUGUUUCUAUUGUGGAUCCUCAACCUGGUGAAACCAUCGUUGAUUGUUGUGCUGCUCCUGGUGGAAAGACCCUCUACAUGGCCUCUCAUUUAAGUGGACAAGGUAUGGUAUAUGCAGUUGAUGUAAAUAGUGGUAGGUUGAGAAUUCUUAAAGAGACAGCAAAGUUGCACCAAGUAGAUGGUGUCGUUACCACCGUCCAUGCCGAUCUUCGUACAUUAACCGACGGUGAACCACUUAAGAGUAACAAAGUUUUGUUAGAUGCACCAUGCUCAGGACUUGGUGUUCUUUCAAAGAGAGCGGACUUACGGUGGAACAGGAAUCUAGAGGAUAUGGAACAAUUGAAAAACUUACAAGAUGAGCUCCUUGAUGCAGCAUCCACAUUGGUAAAACCCGGGGGAGUAUUAGUUUACAGUACGUGCUCCAUAGAUCCUGAAGAGAAUGAUGAGAGGGUAGCUGCGUUUCUAAUAAGACAUCCGGAUUUUCACAUUGAUCCUGUUGACAGAUAUGUUCCACCUGAUUUCGUGACGCCAAAUGGUUUCUAUUUCUCCAACCCGGUAAAACAUUCAUUGGACGGGUCCUUUGCAGCUCGUUUAGUACGCGCUUUAUAAAUGAAAAUUCAGGGAAGUCCUUGGUCAGUGGUCACUCUAUCUCGAAUUGGAUGACAUUCAAUGAAAAUCAAAAGAGGCUCGCUUACGAGCUGCUUCGGCGAUGGUUUGUCUCUUCAAUUCUUAAUGCUUUGAAAUAAAGCAUUUGCCAAAUUGCAUUCAAUUGGAUACCUCAUCACUUCCAUAACAUUCAUUCUGAUUUCUCUCCCAAGAAAAGAUAAAAGAAUGAGAUUAUCAGCAUGUCCUCUUUCAUCAGGCGAUUCCGGAUGACGAUGAUGAAUUGAAGAAAUUAUUAAUUUAUUGAUUAAUUAAUACCUCUUCUCUAAAUUAAUAAACUUGUAUAGUCCCAACAUUAUUGAUUCAUAGAGGCUUUACUGUAUUUUAGUCUUUAACAUCAAAUAAAUUUCUCUCUUCACAUUUGUAAUUUUAUGCACAUCAACAAGAUUACAAUAAUUUAUGUAUUUUUAAAGUUUGAUGCA